AUGCAUUCAUUGUAAACAGCUGGUCCAGAAACCACACCUCUCCUUUAAACAACUAUAAAACUCACUUCAAGUUUCCUUCCACAUUCUGCACAGCAAGACGACUGAGAGGUAUUUUAAGAACACAAACAUGAGUUUUUUUACAAUUCUUAUUCUUUCCACUCUGGCUGCCACUGUAUAUACAUCUGGAAACUAUGGGGACAUCAAGAAAGUUCCCACGACUGGUGCAUCUUGUGCAACAGCCAAACAAGACAAAUUGAAAGAUUGUGGAGUAGAAGCUUCAAAAAAGCUGGCCCAAAAUGACUUGCGACGCAUAAAUAAAUACAAGAGUAUAAUUCUCUCAGUGGCUAAACAAAAAAAGAUUGAUCCAUCUAUAAUUGCUGGUAUUAUGUCCCGGGAAUCACGUGGAGGAAGCAUUCUGAAAAAUGGUUGGGGCGACCAUUACAAUGGCUUUGGCCUGAUGCAGGUUGAUAAAAGGUACCAUACACCUAAGGGGACCUGGGAUAGCGAAACGCAUAUUGCACAGGCAGUAGAUAUUUUCAUUUCCACAUACAAUCAGAUUGAGAAGAAAUUUCCAGGACGAUCCAAAGAAAUUAUCCUGAAAGGGGCUAUUGCUGGAUAUAAUACCGGUGCUGGAAAUGUGAGGGACAUAAAUGAUGUUGACCGUCGUACAACUGGAAAAGAUUAUGGCAAUGAUACUGCUGCACGAGCGCAGUUCUUCAAAAGCAAUGGAUAUUAAAGCUGAGGUUUAAAGCUUGCACAGUUGUACAAGAUCCUUUGAUUUACUAAAAUUGCUCGCUCUGAUUUCACUGCACACACUGUAAGCUUCUCAUCCUACAUAAACUGUAUAUGGUUGAUAAGUUUUUUUCACUGUCAUGCAUAUGUUAUAUACCCAUUUCAUGCUGGACAUCUUAUACACACAUUCAUUUAGUUCUCCUGGUAUCAGAAUAUGUUGACUGUAACCAUCACCUGUCUAAGGCAUACAAUGCAUAAUAUAUAUUUUUUCUCUGCUAUACCAGAAAUUACUUCAACUUUACAAUUUGCACCACACUCUGGUGAAUCUUUUCCACUUUAUGGGCCUGAUGCCAAUGCCAAAUAUAU